UUCUCCAGCGCCGAACACUCUCAUUCUCAUUCUCACUCUCUUUUACUCUCUCUCUCUCUCUCUCUCACUGUCUUUCAUUUUCCACAAUGCCAAUCAACAAGGACCCCACCACUCCUCCGCCCAUGAUCGGCAAAAUCGGCCCCUACACCGUCUUCGUAACGCCGCCCUCCACUCCCAAACCUGUCGUCGACCAGCCAGUUUUCGAGUCGCCACAGAAAGUGGCGGCGCCGCCCGUCCAGCCUCCGCCCCAGCAGUUUCAGAAGCCUGUUACUGUGGAAAAUGGGUCUGCUUUGGGAUUCUUCAAGAAUGCCGUCACCAAAGUGCAAAACGCUCAUUCGAGUUUGGAUGAUCAUUUGGCUCGUUGGUUUGGAUUAAAUCAGUCAAAGUAUCAGUGGGCAUUGGACGAUUAUUAUGAGAACAAGGGAUUGGAAAAGGAAGUUGGAAAAGCAAAAGAAAUGUCAAACAAAGUACAGAAUGUUUAACAUACCUGUUGGGCUGAUUUUAACAUCAAGUGAAGAUUUGAGCCGAGUCUCUUUGUAUACUAUAUCUAUCAUAUUUAAUAUAUUGGAUAGUGGUGUUGAUCCGAAUACUUGAAGGGAGCUUGUCCAGACGUCUGGGGAUCUGAUUGUUCGCCACUUUGCAGUUCUCUACCUACUGCAGCAGCUGGUAGUGCACUAGGAUACGAGUCAUGUAAUUUAAUUAUCAGUUAAAUUUUCAUGCCAUGGUUUUGUUCAUGUACUCCAUUAAGCUGCAAUCUAAGUUAGGAUACUGCUAGGUUGUGGGCAUGUAUUGUUGAUGUAAUUUGUAUUCCUUUUUCCUUCUCUCUCAGUAAAAGCAAUAGUUUGCAAGGAACAAA